UAACCCUUCAGAUGCCCUACUCCCUUCUCCAGUCCCUCUAGGGGGCCCCACCUGGCCUGCCUUCCCCAGAACUCCUGUAGAGUGUAGACACCCCCCCUCAGGCUAUUCUUGGCUGCUCUAGGCACUCCCAAGACACCUCGCAGCCUCUUUACAACCUUCUGGUUCUAUAGCCACCUCUUCCGUGCACGAACCCAUUUCCUGGAUCCAUGAGGGAGCUCCAGUCCCCUAAUCUUUUCCCCAGAAGUCUUGAAGGUGCAGACGACCCACCUCAGUUUUCUCGGCCCCUCUAGAACACCCCCCCCCGCACCCGGACACUCUUAGCCUCUUUUAAACACCUCUGGUCCCAUUUCCACUUCUCUGGAUGCCCCAGCCCCUUCUCCACACCCACUAAGGGGUCCCAGCCCCAUCUUCCCUCAGAACUCUUGAGAGUGUGGGCAACUCUCCAAUGUUUCUUGCCCCCUAGACACCCCAUACAUCUCCCAGGCCAUGCUGACCCCUCCAGAGCCCUAUCAGUUGCUCUAAACACUCCCUAGGCUCCUUCUUGGCCCCUCCAGGCGCCCUUUUUCUGCUCCUUUCCAUGUCCCCUGGCUCCUCCUUGGUUGGUCCCUCAAGACAUCCCCCAAGUCCCCCCUGGAUCCUCUAAAUGCCCUCCAAGGCCCUACCCGUCUCUCUAGUUCCUCCUGGUUCCUCUCGGCCUCUGUAGACACCCCCAGUUUGCUUGUGCGAGUGGCCCAGGGCCUCUCCAAGCCCCCAGCAUCCUGGAGACAGCCACACUCUCCUAAAGGCCACCCUCCCCCGCCCCGAGUCUCCGUGGGCCUGGGGCGUGGCAGGAUGGCGGCCGGCGUGGCCACGUGGCUGCCCUUCGCGAGGGCCGCUGCGGUGGGCUGGUUGCCCCUGGCCCAGCAGCCCCUGCCUCCUGCGCCCGGGGUGAAGGCGUCUCGAGGGGAUGAGGUUCUGGUGGUGAACGUGAGUGGCCGGCGCUUCGAGACCUGGAAGAACACUCUGGACCGCUACCCAGACACCCUGCUAGGCAGUUCGGAGAAGGAAUUCUUCUAUGACGCGGACUCGGGCGAGUACUUCUUCGAUCGCGACCCCGACAUGUUCCGGCACGUGCUGAACUUCUACCGCACGGGCCGCCUGCACUGCCCGCGGCAGGAGUGCAUCCAGGCCUUCGACGAAGAGCUGGCUUUCUACGGUCUGGUGCCGGAGCUCGUGGGCGACUGCUGCCUCGAAGAGUACCGGGACCGCAAGAAGGAGAACGCCGAGCGCCUGGCGGAGGACGAGGAGGCGGAGCAGGCGGGCGAUGGCCCUGCCCUGCCUGCCGGCAGCUCCUUGCGGCAGCGGCUCUGGCGGGCCUUCGAGAACCCGCACACGAGCACGGCGGCCCUCGUCUUCUACUACGUGACAGGCUUCUUCAUCGCCGUGUCGGUCAUCGCCAACGUGGUGGAGACCAUCCCGUGCCGCGGCCCCGCGCGGCGGCCCCCGAGGGAGCAGCCCUGCGGCGACCGCUUCCCCCUAGCCUUUUUCUGCAUGGACACGGCCUGCGUGCUCAUAUUCACGGGCGAGUACCUCCUGCGGCUCUUCGCCGCCCCCAGCCGGUGCCGCUUCCUGCGGAGUGUGAUGAGCCUUAUCGACGUGGUGGCCAUCCUGCCCUACUACAUCGGGCUUUUCGUGCCCAAGAACGAGGAUGUCUCGGGCGCCUUUGUCACCCUGCGUGUAUUCCGGGUGUUCCGCAUCUUCAAGUUCUCCAGGCACUCGCAGGGCUUGCGGAUUCUGGGCUACACACUCAAGAGCUGUGCCUCUGAGCUGGGCUUUCUCCUCUUUUCCCUUACCAUGGCCAUCAUCAUCUUCGCCACGGUCAUGUUUUAUGCUGAGAAGGGCACAAACAAGACCAACUUCACUAGCAUCCCUGCGGCCUUCUGGUAUACCAUUGUCACCAUGACCACCCUCGGCUAUGGAGACAUGGUGCCCAGCACCAUUGCUGGCAAGAUUUUCGGAUCCAUCUGCUCCCUCAGCGGUGUCCUGGUCAUUGCGCUGCCUGUGCCGGUCAUCGUGUCCAACUUCAGCCGCAUCUACCACCAGAACCAGCGUGCUGACAAGCGCCGAGCGCAGCAGAAGGUGCGCUUGGCAAGGAUCCGGUUGGCAAAGAGUGGUACCACCAAUGCCUUCCUACAGUACAAGCAGAACGGAGGCCUUGAGGACAGCAGCAGUGGGGAGGAACAGGCGUUGUGUGUCCGGAACCGUUCUGCUUUCGAGCAACAACAUCACCACCUCCUUCACUGUCUAGAGAAGACAACGUGCCAUGAGUUCACAGAUGAGCUAACCUUCAGUGAGGCUCUGGGCGCUGUCUCGCUGGGGGGCCGCACCAGCCGCAGCACCUCCGUGUCCUCCCAGGCAGUGGGGCCUGGCAGCCUGCUGUCCUCCUGCUGUCCCCGCAGGGCCAAGCGCCGUGCCAUUCGCCUUGCCAACUCCACGGCCUCAGUCAGUCGUGGCAGCAUGCAGGAGCUGGACACAUUGGCAGGGCUGCGGAGAAGCCCUGCCCCUCAGAGCCGCUCAAGCCUCAAUGCCAAGCCCCACGACAGCCUUGACCUGAACUGCGACAGCCGGGACUUCGUGGCUGCCAUCAUCAGUAUCCCUACCCCUCCUGCCAACACCCCAGAUGAGAGCCAACCUUCCUCCCCUGGUGGUGGCGGUGGGGCCAGCAGCACCCUCAGGAACUCCAGCCUGGGCACCCCUUGCCUCCUCCCGGAGACUGUCAAGAUCUCUUCCCUGUGAGCGGUGGGUCCGCCUGUCCAGAGGGCCCUCUCAAUUCUUGGGGACUCCUUUCCAAAGCCAUAUUUUUGGGAGGCAGGGAGGGACAGGCCUGGGGACCCCUUCUGCCCCUCCUCCCCCCACUGAGAACUAUGCAAUGCAGUUUGAUGGAACGGCUCACCUGAUGGGGAAGCAGCCAGGGAAGGGGAAACUUUCCCCACCCCCGACAGUUUGUCCUGGGGGCUGCUGAAGUGCUGGGCUUCCUCAGGCCCCCCAGCCUCCUUGCCCCAGCACACCGGGGCUGGCCUCUCUCCCCUCGCUGGCCUCCUGCAUGCUCCUCCUGUUGGGCCCCUGGGACUCCCACCUGACAUCUCAGCUCUGGCCUGAGAAAGAGAGAUGAGGUUCCCUCUUCUCUCUGGCUGGGCUGUGGAGGUUUGGGGGUUCAGAGAAUAGAACCUUCACCUUGGAGCUGGCCUCUAGGAGUUUUCCCCACCCUCCACUGAGCCCAACAGCUCCCUGAUUCUGAAGCUUGGAAUGCAACCACAGGCUUCCUGGGCUGUGGCCUCAGCAGUGACCUGCCACCCCCCACCUUGGCUCAGGGGUCAGGCUGCCUCUCCCAAUACACACAGAGAGCACAAACACCACUCCCCUUUCCUGGCUGCUGGAAAUGGGUCCCUGCAACCCCGUCCUGUGCUGGGCCCCCAGCAAACUCUAGCAAUAGCAGCUGCUGCUGUGAUGUUAUGCAAAGGCUCUGCCCAGGCUGCUGCAGUAUUUAGAUCUGCCCUAACCAGGGGGGCCACCUCCAACCCCUCCGUCCCCUUCUCCCUGGUUUGCUUCCCUCUUGGGUUGGGCUGGAGUCUGGACUGGCUGAGAUAAGAGCCUAGCAGUCAGUGAGAGCUGGGCUGUGUUUGGAGAUCAUAGAUGAUUCCAAGUUCUUGGGCAGGAGUCCAGAAGUGUUGGGGAUGGGGCCUGGGUUGUUCCUAAACUCUGAGAGUUGUAGGGGGCAGGAGGAACUUCUUGAUCUCUUCCUCCUCCUCCCCCGCAAAGCCUUUUCACAUAUUCCUCUCUCUUUUCCCUCUUGGGUCACCUUCCAGAACUCUGUGUCUGCUCUCAGGCUGAAAUCUGGCAUCAUCUCAGGUUCCCUGUCCCCAGCACUGUCCCCGUGGAGCUGGUGGCUGACAAAGAUGUAGUUUCCAUCAGUCAAUAAAACCUGAGAGGAGAGACGAGGA